GCGAGCGGUGAAAAGUGUUUUGAGAGACGUUGAAAUUUCGUCCAGCGAGAAGUUGCCUCCUGUUAUCGGUGUAAAUAAAUACAGUAUUUGCGAUAAAUGAAAAUUAAACCGACGUGAUGUGCAAACGGGAAUGUGACUAAAUCAAGAAUUAUCCGCGGAAGUGAUAAUUACAGCACACGAAACAUGUGAAGUUAGUUAUAAGCCAAGUUAUGUGAACGAUAGUCCGUGAAUAAAAAACCGCCGUUACGAAUGAAUAAUGGAGCCGAUCGCUCUACGAGAACUAGAAAAACUAACUAUUUGCGGAAGUUGUCACCAGAAGUACAAUGACUUUGAUUUGAUACCAAAGAUACUAAGUUGUCAGCACUACUUUUGUUUUUAUUGUAUAAAAUUAAAAAUGAUUAAAGGAAAUGAAGUGUUCUGUGUGAACUGUUGGAAAAAAACAACACUUGAGGAUCAGAACCCCUCAAAAUUACCGACAUACGUUCCAGUUCUAAUUUUAACGAACCAUUUACCACAAAUUUGUCAAGCCAAUAAUAAUGAAAUAAGGAUAAAAAUCUGUGAUAACGAGCGAAAGAAAGAAAACUGUCAUGUUCAUGCAAUGCCUUUAGCUUUAUGGUGUCAGAAAUGUUCAAUGGCGUUGUGUAGAGCUUGCGCGACACAAGAUAGUCAUUUAAACCAUCCAACUAAGUCUUUAAGUGAAGCCAAAGAGCAAUUAAUUACAGAGAUACAGCAAGAAUCGACAGGGAUCGCAACAUUGAUAGGGGAUGUUCAAAAACUGGAGCUGAAGCACCGACAGUACCUGUUGCGAGUUUUGGAGUCAUGCGUAGCCUUGAAAAGUAAUUUAGAGAUGGACCUACAUGACAGUUUGAAAACAACAGUUCCUGAGAUCAAUGAGGCUAAAGAGUUGAUUAGUAAUAUUCGAUCGAAUAUUAUAAAUACAGAUGACAUUGAAAAUAUUUCGAGGCUGUGUCAAGCGAUACAGGUUGAAAAGCAAAAACUUCAAAGUAGGAUAAAGGAGAUGAUGGUGGAGAGUCAGAUAGAUGAUUAUGUGAGCAACUCGGCCACUAUUCUUGACUCGCAACAAUUGAAGAUGGUGUUGAUGAAAUUCUUGCCGAAACUGGACUUGAACAACGCUCUUUCACCAGCCUCAGCAAGCAAUGAUCCACUUCUAUUCCUCAGUAAUUUUUGUGUUUCACAACUAUUGGUCCAAAGCAUUCGUCAGAAUCAUCAAGAUGUACGUGUCAAACCCAUUGAGCGUAUACAAACACCACCCCUCAAUCUGCGCAUGGACCUGAUGGCAUCUCCAUUGCCUCACAAUGGAAUUGAUUACAUGCAUACACCUCCACCCACGCUUAACCCUUUGUACAUACAGCAAGAUGUCAACGUGUUACCGGUUCACUCCCCCAUCCAAAUAAUGACUCUUGUGCGACAACCUUCAUCUGCUUAUCCACUUUACUUUUUUAAUAUAAACAUUGACGAAAUACCAUUUGGUCGGAUUGUGAUUGAGACGCGACCUGAUGUCGCACCGAAGAUGGCAAAAAAUUUCAACAUUCUAACUACGGGAGAGAUGGGUGUUACAUAUAAAGGUUGCACCGUUUUCCAAUGCUGGGAAAAUGAGUCAAUCAUCACAGGAGACUUUGAGUUGAACAAUGGUAAGGGUGGAAGGUCAAUUUAUGAUGAGGGUUUCUUCCUUCCGGAUGACACAAAGUUCCCUGCGGUUCGUGGCGCAGUCGGUAUGAGAAGGUCACAAAAGAGGCAUGAUAGCUUGGGAAUGGUCGGCUCGCAAUUCCGAAUCAUUCUACAAGAGAUGAGAGCUUUUACGGGUAUUUUUGGUCAUGUUGUCGAGGGUAUUGAGUUAGUUGCCAAAAUUGCAACGUUUGGUGAUGCAGUAGGGAAACCCAGUAAAACUGUAAUCAUUACCAAUUGCGGUAAACUUAACUGAGAAAAUCAGUCUCACCUCUUUCACUAUUCCCUAUUUUCUAUUUAGAUGUUUGCCUAUCGGUUAUUUGAUUGUGCUACACUCUGUAAAUAUUAAUCGUAUCGUGAAUCAAUUCGUAUUUGUUAUAGAAAUUUUCUGUUGAAAAACAUGAGUAAUCAUCUUGGAUGAGAAAACCCUUGUAAAAAUUCGAAGACUGAGACAAAAUUAGAUGAUAAGAGACAGAAAGUUGAGAGAGGCUUCUCUUCCAUGGUCCAUGUAUUUCAUGGUUAGAAGCUGAAUACCUCUCGCCAAGUUAGAUGUGUAAGAGAAGCUCUCACGAUCUUUGGGAGAAUCUUCCAUCUUUAAUAACCGUUAUUAUUUAAAUUGUAUUAUAUUAUUUUGAUGUUGAUAUGAAAAGAAAGAUUUUUUUCGUCCAUCUUUCACUGAUUGUUGAGUUUUCAGUCAGGGAGAAAGAUUAAUUUGAUUCAUUUUAGACAAGUUAGAGGUUAAAAUUAUCGGUAUUGUAAACAUUACUGGGGUAUCAUUGUUUUGUUUGUAAAAUUUAUUUUCGUCUUUGUUACAAUUUAUCUUCCAGCUUCUAAAGCUGUAAAAAGGAAGUUUCUUGAUAUUAAUCAACUGAUGCGGAAACACUUACAGUGUGACUGAGCAUUAAACCUCUCUGCUUGAACAGAUUUUACUCAUCGUUUUCUUAUAUUUGCAUUAUUUACAUACUCCCUCCUCAUUUGAAGCGGAGAAACUCCUACUAACAGUUACUCCUGCAAUCAAUCCCUGUGUUUUUACAAAACCUUACUAAGCAAAAAUUCUAAUACUUUAAGAUUUAUUAUUUCCAAAGAAAACUGUCUUAUUAUAAAAAAAAAAAAACUCAGCUACACAAAAAACUUAUACCUCUCCCGUUUUCCUUAUUUUUUUUCUCUCUCUCUUUCUCUAGUUGAAAUUUCUUGCCCUUACAAUUAUUAUUUUUUUUAAUUUUUUAUUUUAUCAUUCAUUUGAGGAACAAAAUGAUUAAUAUCAUUAGGGAUACCUACAAUUUAGUCACUUGAAACAUUUGACCUCUUCAUGGCCGUAUAAAUCUGCAGAAUUCUUUUAGUUUGUUCUCAUUAAGAAUUAAGGAGUUGCGUAAGUAGAUUCGUAAAAAAUUUUAAAGCCUCAUUUUUACUUCUAUUUGAUUGACAGUGACUGAUGGUUUUAAUUUUUUUGAGUUGAGGGGUUAAUCCACUCUAUGUAUUACUGAGAACCGAUUUUUUUACAGCACUAUAGGAUUUGCUUUUUUCUUUGGUGGAAAAACUAAAUCAGCUCAAAAACAUGUAGUUGAAACAACGAUUGUCACAAAAUCUUUGAUGGAUGAAAAUUAAAAAAAUCAGAAGUGGAACAUAUUAUUCCAUGUCUUUCGAAAUUACCUGAGAGCUAUAAAAUUUUUAUGGAUCCUGAUACACACUUUUAGAGAUAUGUAGAUAUAUGAUUCAAUGACAAGUUAACCAUUUUACCCUGAUGAAUGACAAUUAUUCUUUAAUACCUACAUACUAAUCCUUUGUGUGUAAAUUUAAGUAUAAAAACGCUUAACUACUGCAAGAUACCAUCAGGAUCAAGUUAUUUAUAAUUAUUUCUAUCUUCUCUUUUAAACCGAAGGUUUUUUUGCAUUCUUAAAGACAAAAUAUAAAUUUAAUUUGAUUUUUCAUAAGAAAAGGAUUGCAGUGCGAGAUUUUGAUCGUACAUUCUCAUCUUGUUUCUACCAAUAUUCUUUAAUUAUUUAACGAUUUUGAGCAAGAGAAAGAUUCUGCAUAGAUCUAUUAUAUUUUCAUACCCUCAUGUUACGUCAGUGAAAUCGAUCAUAGUUCAAUUUAAUUUUUAUAUUCGUGAUCGUAUCGUAUCGUAUUGUAUCGUAUCAGAAAAGUAGAACUAUUUUUUAAACUGAACAUUUGUACUUCAAAUUUAUUUUUUUAAAACUGUCCAAUGUAGUGAGAGGAAUGCGCUUGUAAAUAGUAAAAUGUGACGUAAAUGUCAUGAAUAAUUUCCUCGUUUCUACCAACGAUAAAAUUUUUUGUUUUGCUUCGAACAGAAAUUUGUUUGCUUUUUGUUUUAACAAGUUAUUAGAAACGGCUAUUUUUUCUUUCUUUUUUAUGUCUAUCAGUUAUGUAGAUAAUAAAUAUUUUUGUUAGUUGUUACAAGAUCGACGUAUGUAAUGCUAUAAGAAUGUGUGAAACUUUUCACCUUUCCUCUUUCUCUGCAAGUCAAAUAAACUGAAGAGGAAAGACGAAAAUGUUGAAACAGAAAUCUGACCACCUACUAAAGAAAAAAAGAAUAAAGUUGAAAUAGAUUAGGCAUGAAAUAAAUCAAAAGAAAUAGAGAAAGAAUCAGUUCUCAUUUUAAAAAAAUUAAGCGGUGUGCGUUUCUAAAUAAAGAAAAGUUAAUUUUAUGUCGAUUAAUAAUUUAAUUGAUUAGUUAGAAAAAAAGUAUCUUCUUUAAGUAAAUAUUCUCCAAAAUCCUUUCAACUGACAAUGGACCAUCCUAAUUUCAAUUUUACCAACACACCAUCUCAAGAGUCCUUUUUUAGAGGGAUAAAAAUCUAGAGCAAAUUUUGUGUUAGACAGAGAAAAAAGAGGAAAGUGUUUGAUAAGAGGUGAUGGGUCGUUUUGAGAGAAAAAAGAUGGGGUCAUUUGGAAGAAAGGAGACGGGUUAGUUUUGGGAGAGAUUUAUUUGAGAGGGACCAUGAGAGGAAUUUGAAUUCUUUUUUUAUGAUGGAAAUUGAUGUGCAAUAGAGCACACGGAACUUCAAUGGUGUAACUCUUAAUUUAAAAACAUCAUCCCUCACAUUUAAGUUCAUAAGUAGUAGCUCUUUUCUGCAACAAAAUUAGACACUAAUCAUACAUACUUGGCUCUUCGUCUUCAGCAAAAUUUCAUUUCAUAGAAAAGUUUUAAAUGCGAAAAUAAUUAAUCACUAAACAGCUGGCAGAAUAUACCUAAUUUCAAGUUGAAAAAAUUUAAAACAAAUCACCAGACUGCAAAUUUUAAUGAGAUAAUUUGCUGUUUUUUGUAUUUCUAAGAUGGCCAUAGUGAUUUUUUGUAUUCACAGUUCAAUAGAUAUGGGAAAGAUUACUAAUGUUUAAUGGCUCGUGGUUUACGAUCAAGAAAAUUAUAAAAUUUCUGAUUCAAAGAAGCCUUUAUAGUUGGUUGUUCAAAAUCAAUGUAAGAGCUUGUCUUCUAUUACGAACAAAGGCAGUUAGACGCACAAGUUGUUGUUCAGGUGGACAUGGUUUGUUAGCCAUUUUACAAUAUCCACUGUUAAGCAUGCGUUAAAAAUGUUAUCGAACAGUAUCUAACGCACAAUGGCUGAUUGUUGACUACUGUCUAAAUUUACUUAUUUUCAAAGUUAUUUGUAAAUUCUGAUAGAGAUAAACGUUUUGAAAAGAGUAAAAGUAAAGUUCACCCUUGUUUUUCAAGAAUGGUCACCUGCUAUAACAAUUAAAUUAAGAGAUGUAAGAAAAUUAUGAUUUCACCUAAACAUAAUUAUGUUUAAUGCUUCUUUAUUUAAAUGAUUUGCAACUACUACUGAAAGGUCUUUCAUGAGCAAGGGCUUGAAAUUUAAAUUCUGACCUGAAAGCGCUGAGGUUAGAAAUUGUGAGUAUUUUGGGAGCAUCUUUGGAAGUAAAUACCUCUAAGUCACAAAAAUAUUGAGUUCAGGCGAGAAAGGUAGUUCACAUACAAAUAGUUUUUUGGUGUGUGUGUUAUCAAAGAUUUCUUUUUUGAAAAGUAAAGGACUUUGGUUGACAAAAUGACCUAAAGAUACCGAAUGUCAAAUUUGUAUUUAGAAAUUCUCAUGUUAUCCUUUUAAAAUUUAUACAGGAAAAAGCAAGAAGUAGUUGCAAAAGUUCUGAGGUACAUAGUGAUUAUUCAAGUUUGAUUUAGGCAAUGAGGGUAUAUUAUAAGAGUAAAAGACAAAUUUUUUGAAUUCAGUAAAAAGAAUACAAACUGAGGACGAAGAGCUCUUUUAAUCAUAACCAUUUUUGAAAAAAGAGACCUUUAAAAAAAAAAAAAAAUUCAGUGAGGUAAUCUACUUUGUCCAAAAUGAUCACAAUACCUCUAUAGGGGAAAAGUGAAUUUUGUUAUGAAGGAUUGGAUACUUGUAGAAUUUUCUCUAAAGGAAGAAGCAUUAGACCACUAAUUAAUUUUAUAUAUUAUUAUAUUAUAUCUGUUAUGAGGGAAUAACUUCAAGACAAACUGUUAGACAAAUGAAAGUCUUCUUUGAUCCAAUCCUAACCACUAAGAGUCAUUUCUAGAAAACUAAGUCUCAGAUUUCAUACUUAAAAAAUUAUCUUUGAUAGGAGCCUCUAGCAGACUUUGAAUUAUCACAUAAUUUGGUUUAGUGAGCACCCCUUUUGAAAUAAUAACAUUAACGCACUAUUCGCGACAUCUAUCAGAGAGAGAAUUAGCGCAAGAAAAAAUAAGUGCUAAAAGACUUCCUCCUACGCAACAAAAUGUAAUUUUUAUUCUUAUAAAGUUCCACUUACUCCUCUCGCCUAACAGAUUUAACAAAAUAAAAUUUUGAGCAUUUAUCCAUUUGAAAAAAAUAUAUCUAUAAAAUUUGAUCUCACAUGUUAUAUUUUUUAUGUGUAAUUGUUACGAAUAAAAAAACACUGUCUUUCAAAACAUACCUACACUUGGAACCUGUAAACUGUUAACUGUCGAUUUGGUCAAGGUAAUCAUUUGCGUUUCCUUAGGCCUUAAAAGUGCAUAUGCAUUUAUGAAGAAGAACUUAUCAUGUGAUGUAUUGCAAGAGCCUCAAUUAAAAUGAAUGACCGACUACUACAUUUAACUCAAUCAAUGGCAAUUGUUAUACUUCUAAGGGGCGCAAGAAAUCGAAUUUUUGUACAUUAGAAUUAGAAGAAUUAAAGAGGAAAAGCCGAUAUCUUUUUCUCCUGUAAUUACCGGGUAAAUGUCGCAUCAACAGAACUCUGUUGAGCACUAUCGUCAAUGGAAAAUUAAAUAAAUCUAUGUCUCGUUUCGUACUGUUUCGCUGUAAAUUUAACUCUGGAUAGUUCCCUCGUUUAUUUUGAAAAUAAAAGUAUUGUACGCGA